UUUUCCCAGCAUUCGUAGCAAAAUCGCCGUCAGUUUGUAACAGACGCAUGCGCAGUACUCAAUCUACUUUCCAAGAUGGCGGAAGGAGGCAAGAGGAGCAGUUUCCUGGGCAAAAGUUUUACUAAACACACAACACGAGCGAAGGAGCGGAUGCUCCGAUCAUUAGGGAAGGCUGAUGAAACAAAAGACCAAAUAUUCGAUGAGUAUGUCCAGAAUUUCAACAAACAACAAGCGGCAGCCGGUAAACUACAACGAGAAGUCAAGCAGUAUAUCCAGUGUGUCAAAGCAAUGAGUGCUGCCAGCAAAAGUUUUUAUGAAACACUCCGGGAUGUCUAUGAAGAAGACUGGGAAGGCUACAAUCAACUAAAUGACCUUGCUGAGACGUGUGAACUAUUAUGGGAUGACUACCAGCAUCGACUGUCGGAACAAGUUCAUAAACCCAUCUCUAUUUACCAGAGUCAAUUUCAAGACAUGAAAGGAAAAGUAUCAAAACGAGGUAGAAAACUAGUAGAUUAUGACAGUGCGAGGCACGCUGUGAACGCUUGUCAGAGUACGAAGAAAAAAGACGAGGCUAAAACCAUGAAGGCGCAAGAAAGUUUUACAGAGGCCAAGAAAUUGUAUGAUGAUUUAAAUAAUGAAUUAUUAGAAGAAUUACCAUCACUAUACGACAGUCGGAUACCUCUGUAUGCGAAUACAUUCCAGAUAGCAUUUUCAGCGGAAUCUACUUUCCAUGGUGAAUUAUCAAAAGCAAAAAAUCAAUUGAACGAUAUCAUGGAUCAGUUAGCACAGGCCGCCAGUAAUGGCUCGUAUAAUGUAGGAAGGCCUUCAAGAGAUUCUGACAGUUAUGAUGAUUCUCAUUCACCAUCACCAAAAGCGCCCUCAACACCGGAACAGAAAAGUAGUUUAGCAAGAGUUUAUAAUGUCACAAUUCCGAACAAUGAGAAUGAAUUGGACAAACACAAAACUAAAGUUCUCUCGGCUCCAGCUGCAACACCCGAAGAUGAUACAGAGUACAAGGUUCCCAGGGCAACUGUGGAAAAUGGUGAUGAGGGUCGGCCUGUGGGUGGCGCUGAAGGAGGUGCCUAUGAAAUGGUUCAAAUUGGUGCACAGUUACCCUCUCCAGCCUACCAUACUGCAUCAUCUGAUUUUCAAAUUGACCCAGCAACAACAACAAUAACAGUCCCACCGACAACAACAACAACAACAACUACAUCAACAAUAACAACAACAGAGGAAUAUUUACCACCGGGUGUACUAUAUAAGGUGCGAGCUACACAUAAAUAUGAAAGUAUGGACACGGAUGAACUUAGUUUUGAAAAAGGAGAAAUUAUAUUUGUUGUGCCCUUCGAUGAUCCAGAUGAUCAGGAUGACGGUUGGUUGAUGGGUACAAGAUCGUCAGACGGAGCCAGGGGCGUUUUCCCAGAAAAUUUUACAAUUAAGAUAUAGGAUUCAUCUAUCACGCACUGUAAACCGAUUUAUUAUUGCGAGAGACUAAUUUUUUGCAAAUUACGUAGUAGUGUUCUUUUUCAUGAAAAUUUCUCGCAUCAAAAAAUGAAAUGGUUUACAGUGUAUUCUAAGGAUUUAUAAAACUUAGUGUAACAUGCUUGAAGAAUCUAACGUAGUGGCAUGAAAUAGAUAUGAUCUGUUCACAAGAAUACGCAGCUUUCUGGAUCUAGUUGGAUCUUCCUUUCGUUCUCUUCACUUCCAUACCUACACCUGGUUAAGAAUAAGAUGUGGUGUUCUG